AGGACCAGGAGGGAGGAGGCGGCGGCGACGACGGGCUUGCCAGGAUGGCGACGGUGGUGCUGGAACCCGAGUCGGAGCCGUCUUGUAGCCUUCCCAGCGCGGUGCCCCCUUCGCCGAGCCUGUCGCACCGUUUUCUCGACAGCAAAUUUUAUCUGCUGGUCGUGGUGGGCGAGCUGGUCACCGAGGAGCAUCUGAGAAGAGCCAUAAGCAAUAUAGAGCGAGGUAUCCGAUCAUGGGACACAAACCUCAUUGAAUGCAACUUGGAUCAAGAACUUAAACUUUUUGUAUCCCGCCAUUCAGCUCGAUUCUCUCCUGAUGUGAGAGGUCAGAAAAUCCUUCACCACAGAAGUGAAGUUUUAGAAACCGUUGUGCUGAUUAAUCCUUCAGAUGAAGCAGUCAGCACUGAGGUGCGUUUAAUGAUAACAGAUGCUGCACGACAUAAACUUCUGGUACUAACUGGGCAGAACUUUGAAAAUACAGGCGAACUCAUUCUUCAGUCAGGAUCUUUUUCAUUUCAGAAUUUCAUUGAGAUCUUCACAGACCAAGAGAUUGGAGAAUUAUUGAGCACUACUCACCCUGCCAACAAAGCCAGCUUAACACUUUUCUGUCCUGAGGAAGGGGACUGGAAGAAUUCAAAUCUUGACAGACACAACCUUCAAGAUUUCAUCAACAUUAAGCUGAAUUCUUCUUCUAUUUUGCCUGAAAUGGAAGGGCUUUCUGAAUUCACAGAGUACUUGUCAGAAUCAGUGGAAGUACCAUCACCAUUUGAUAUUUUGGAGCCGCCAACAUCAGGAGGCUUUUUGAAACUUUCUAAGCCUUGUUGUUACAUUUUCCCAGGUGGAAGAGGAGAUUCAGCACUGUUUGCUGUGAAUGGGUUCAACAUGCUUAUCAAUGGAGGAUCAGAGAGAAAAUCUUGUUUCUGGAAACUCAUCAGACAUUUGGAUAGAGUAGAUUCAAUUUUGCUCACUCACAUUGGAGAUGAUAAUUUGCCAGGAAUUAACAGCAUGUUGCAACGGAAAAUAGCAGAAUUGGAAGAGGAGCAGUCUCAAGGCUCAACUACCAAUAGCGACUGGAUGAAAAAUCUAAUUUCACCUGAUUUGGGAGUUGUAUUUCUUAAUGUUCCUGAAAGCCUAGGAAACCCUGAUCCUAAUUUGCAAUUAAAAAGAAGUGUAGAAGAGGCUUGUUUUACAUUGCAAUACUUAAACAAGCUAUCCAUGAAACCGGAACCUCUCUUCAGAAAUAUAGGAAACAAUACUGAACCCAUUAUCCUUUUUCAAAAAAUGGGUGUAGGGAAACUGGAAAUGUAUGUGCUUAACCCAGUCAAAAACAGCAAAGAAAUGCAAUAUUUUAUGCAGCAGUGGACAGGUACGAACAAAGAUAAAACUGAACUAGUAUUACCAAAUGGUCAAGAAAUAGACAUCCCAGUUUCCUACCUAACUUCAAUCUCAUCAUUGAUUGUAUGGCAUCCUGCAAACCCUGCUGAAAAAAUAAUCAGAGUUCUUUUCCCAGGGAACAGUACACAGUAUAGCAUAUUAGAUGGCCUAGAGAAGCUCAAACAUUUGGACUUCCUUAAACAACCAAUAGUGACACAAAAAGACUUAAGUGGCAACCUGUCAAGUCCAGCAGUUAAGCAGACAAAAUUGAAGCAGAGAACAGACAGUAAAGAAAGUCUCAAGCCAAUCACUAAAACGCUGUCUACAAAGACUGUCAGAAAAGAAUCAAGAGAGGAGGCCUCUGACACUGGGAAAUCUAGCCCACCAGAAAAGGCUCAAAAAGUAGAAAAACCCAUCAUAAAAAAGGAAAAACCAGCAAAAAGUGAAAGUAGGCUUUCUGUGACUGAAAAGGACCUAACAGCAAAGGAGCAACAAAUUGUGAAAUCUGAAACUGUUGAAAAACAAGCCACUGAUGUGAAACCAAAAGUAAUAAAGGAGAAGCAUGUGAAAAAGGAAGUGAAAGUAAAACCAGAAGAAAAACAAGAGGAGAAAGAAAAGUUAAAGAAAGAGGUGCCUAAGAAGGAUGAAAAAUCCCAGGCCAGGAAAGAGGAAAAGCCUAAAAAGGAUGAUUUGAAGAAAGAAAUAAAGAAAGAAUCUAAAAAAGAGCCAAAGAAAGAAGCUGCUCCAAAAGAAUCCAAAAAAGAAGAGAAAAAGGAAGUAAAAAAGGAAGAAAAGAGAGAAAUCAAGAAGGUUCCUAAGGAAAUAAAGAAAACCUCUGCUGCUUUGCCUGAAUCAAAGAAGAUUACGGCAAAGUCAAAACCACAGAAAAAGGAAGAACCCGUCAAAAAAGAAAGCGGACUUGCUGGGAAACCCAAAGAAAAAGUUAAAAGCAAGCCAGUGAAGAAAGAGCUCAAAGUGGCUGAAAAAUCAGCUGUAGCAGUGGCUGUUUUGGGAGCUGGGGCUGCAACAGUAGCAGCUGUAAGCCUAGCAGCCAGUGGGAAAGAACUUGAAGUCGAGAGGUCACUUAUGUCCUCACCAGAAGACUUAACAAAAGAUUUUGAAGAAUUAAAAGCGGAAGAAGUUGAAGUAGUGAAAGAAACAAAGGAAGAUAAAGUUAAAAAUGAAAGCCAGCUAUCUGACAUAGAACAAAAGGAAGAUUAUACAGUUCAAAAAGAAAAAAUAGAAGGCCCAACUCAUUCUCCUGAUGAAAAUAUCACCGCUGUAGAACCUGAGGGAGAAUAUGAACAAACUCCUGAAGAGCUGGAGUCUGUGGGAAAGGACAAGGUUGAUGACAGUGAAAAAUUUGAAGAGGAAGGAGCAGGAUUUGAAGAAUCUUCUGAGGCAGGUGACUAUGAAGAAAAGGCUGAGACCGAGGAGGCAGAAGUACAAGGGGACAAUGAAGAAGUGCCAACAGGUUUCAAAAAGCAAGGCAUAAAGGAUGUCAUUGAAACAGAGGAGAUUGAAAAAGAAAUGAUAGAAUCCCCUGAAAAUGAAAAAAUGAAAGGGUUAAUGUAUGAUAAAAAAGCAGAAUUUAGAAUGGAGUAUGAGGAUCAGUAUGAGGCAAAUUUAGAGGAAACAGCAAUUGAAAAGGCAGAAAUGGAAGACACUGAAGAAGAAAUUGAAGAAGACAAAACUGAGGAGGUCAAAGAUGAAGAGGAAACUGAAAAAAUACAAGCUGAAGAAGAUUAUGUCAUGGCUGUAGUAGACAAAGCAGCUGAAGCUGCUGAAAUAGAUGAUAAAUAUGGUUUGCCUAUAACUACUCCAACUAAAUUGUCAGAAUCUUCAUCUCCAGCAAAGGAACCGGCCUCUUCAAUCCAUGAUGAAACUCUACCUGGUGGGUCAGAAAGUGAAGCAACUGUUUCAGAUGAAGAAAACAGAGAAGACCAGCCGGAGGAAUUCACUGCUACUUCAGGUUAUACCCAGUCCAUUAUUGAAAUAUCGAGUGAACCAACUCCAAUGGAUGGAAUGUCAACUCCACGAGAUGUAAUGAGUGAUGAAACUAAUAAUGAAGAAAGUGAAUCUCCUUCCCAAGAAUAUGUUAACAUCACUAAGUAUGAGUCAGCACUGUAUUCUCAAGAUUUUGCUAGACCUAAAGUUGCUCCUCUUCCUGAUGCUUUUAAUGGAUUAUCCGAAGGAUCAAAAACAGAUGCAACUGAAGGCAAAGACUAUAACGUUUCAGCUUCUACCAUUUCACCACCUUCCUCGUUAGAGGAAGAUAAAUUUAACAAAACUUCCUUCCAGGAUCUGUAUCAUCUUCGGGAAAAUGAAUUCAAAACUAUUAAUAAAUUAGAAAUUUCAGAAACUUGGGGUGAGAAGAUUGGCCCAACUACAGAUGAAAGUCCAGCCCCACUAUCACCAGUUGCUAAAACACCUCUUAGUGAACGUAGUGUGAACUUUUCCCUAACUCCUAAUGAGAUCAAAACAUCAACUGAGCCCGUAUCUCUCUCAACACUGCCAGAAAAACAUCAUGAAACCCAGGAAGAGCAGUGUCCCAGCCCUGAUGAUAAAACAUUAGAAGUGGUAUCCCCUUCACAAUCAGCUGCUGGAAGUGCUGGUCACACUCCUUAUUAUCAGUCUCCCACUGAUGAAAAGUCAAAUCAACUUCCAACUGAGAUUCCUGGAAAGACAAUUGAAGUACCAAUCAGUGUUGAAGUUAGUUAUGCCAAAGACAAUGUUGCAAAACACAGAAUAAGCCCAAUGGAUGAACCAGUGCCUGAUUCUGAGUCGCCUUUUGAGAAAGUGCUUUCACCUUUACGAAGUCCACCACUUAUUGGUACAGAAUCUUCUUAUGACACAUUUUUAAGUGCUGAUAUAAAAUCUCUCAAAGAAACUGAAAUUGCCUUUGAAAAGAAUAGUGAAACAGAUGAUUCCAUGUUGCAGAAGAGCUCUGUUUCUGAAGUUACUUCGACAAAUAUUUUCCAGCAGGAUGAAAACAAUUUGGAGCUAACAACUCCAAAAUCAGACAGUCUUCUAGAAAAGAAAAGGGAUGAUUUAGAAACUUCAGAAAUUCAAUCUGCAUUAGUUUUGGAUGAGAGGAAGCUGGCAGAGGUUUCUCCUACUCAAGUGGAUAUAAGUCAUUUAGGCUAUUUCAAAGAGGACACUAAAAUGUCAAUAUCUGAAAGUACCGUCUCUGAUAAAUCUGCAACUCCUGUAGAUGAAGUUGUAGCAGAAGAUACUUAUUCACAUAUUGAAGGAGUUGCAUCUGUUUCCACAGCAUCUGUUGCUACUAGUUCAUUCCCAGAACCGACCACUGAUGAUGUAUCUCCUUCGUUACAUGCUGAGGUUGGAUCUCCUCACUCUACCGAAGUUGAUGAUUCUCUUUCUGUGUCUGUUGUACAAACACCAACUACAUUUCAAGAAACAGAAAUGUCUCCAUCUAAAGAAGAAUGUCCAAGACCAAUGUCUAUUUCUCCACCAGACUUUUCUCCUAAAACAGCAAAGUCAAGAACACCAAUACUAGAUCAUAGAUCUCCCGAACAAUUGACUAUGUCAGUAGAAUUUGGACAAGAUUCACCUGAACAGUCUUUGGCCAUGGAUUUUAGCAGACAGUCACCUGAGCAACCCAUAGUAGGUGCUGGUGUGCACCAUAUAUCUGAAAAUGGUCCCACUGAAGUUGAUUUUAGCCCUUUAGACAUGCAGGAACAUGAAUUUCCAAAUAAAAUAUCACCAGUGGAACAAGUAUGUUUUAGUCAUGAGAAGGAUAUUUCAGAAAUUAUUUCAGUUUCUCAGAUAGAGGCUUCACCUUCACCUUCUACUUCCUCUGUCCAUACACCUUCACAGGCAAGUUCUCCCCUGCAAGAAGAAAUCUUAUCAGCUGUUACACAGCCUAGUGAUAUGCCAUUACAUUCUACAUUUCCAUCAGACAAAAUGCAAAGCUUGGGAGAGAAACUCUCACCAAAGUCUGAUUUAUCUUCAUUGACACCACGGGAAUCUUCUCCUUUAUAUUCACCUAGUUUUUCAGAUUCACCACCCAUAAUGAAAGAAACAAUGGCUGCUUCUCAGUCAUCUCUAUUAUCGCUGCAUGUAUCCCCAGACAAAUUGUUUGGCUAUCAUACAUCAAUAGUUCAAGAUCCUGAGAUAAAACAUGACCAAGAGCUUUUAGUAUCUAAGGAUCAGGAAGAUACCGAAGAAACAUCCAUAUCACCAGAACCACUUAUUUACUCCUAUAAGGAAAGUGGAAGAACCACUAGGUCACCUGAGACUAUUAGUUAUUCCUAUGAAAAAACAGAGGAAGUCACUGAAUCCCCUGAAACUUUUGAUUACAAGUAUGCUACAACAAAGGAAAUCACCAGAUCAAUAGAGACAGAUAGUUAUUCUUACGAAACAACAGAAAAACCCACCAAGUCACCAGAAGCCCUUGAUUAUUCUUACGAAAAAUCCACAAAACCGUCGGACUCUGUCCAUUAUCCUUUUGAGUACGCAGAGAAAGCUACCAAAUCACCUGACAUUUCAAGUUAUCACUAUGAGAAUGACAAAUACUUUGUUUCAGAAAAAUCUGAAAUCCGUCAAGAUGUUGAUUUAUGUCUUGUCUCAUCCUGUGAAUACAAGCAUCCCAAAACAGAACUGUCACCUUCUUUUAUAAAUCCCAACCCUUUAGAAUGGUUUGCAAAUGAGGAACAAUCUCAAGACCAAGAAAAGCUGUUAAUUCAGUCUGGAGGUGCUCCACCACCCUCUGGAGGAAAACAGCAAGCUCGCCUGUGUGGUGAAACACCCCCAACUUCUGUGAGUGAAUCUGCUCCAUCACAGACCGACUCAGAUGUACCCCCUGAGACCGAAGAGUGCCCUUCCAUUACAGCAGAUGCUAACAUUGACUCAGAAGAUGAAUCUGAAACGAUACCGACAGAUAAAACUAUUACAUAUGAACACAUUGACCCACCCCCAGUCCCUGUUCAAGAUCGCAGCCCUUCACCUAGGCACCCAGAUGUCUCCAUGGUAGAUCCAGAGACAUUACCCAUUGACCAGAACCUAGGGAAGCCUUUGAAAAAGGAUCUGAAAGAAAAAACAAAAACAAAAAAGCAGGGGACUAAAACCAAGUCGUCUUCUCCUGCCAAGAAGAGUGAUAGCAAACCUAAGCAAGUGGCCUCUCCAAAGCCUGCUGGCUUGAAAGAAUCACUAGAUAAAGUUUCCAGAACAGCUUCUCCAAAGAAGAAGGAGUCUGUGGAAAAAGCCGCCAAAAAUAUCUCUACUCCAGAAAUAAAAUCAUCUCAUAAUGAAGAGAAAGAUAAGGAAACUAAGAAUGCAGCCAAUUCUACAACAUCAAAGUCAGCAAAAACUACAACUUCAGGACCUGGAAAUGGGAAACCAACAAAAUCUAUAGCUGUGCCUCCAGGACCUCCUAUGUAUUUGGACCUGGUCUAUAUCCCCAACCACAGCAAUAGCAAGAAUGUUGAUAUAGAAUUUUUCAAGAGGGUGAGAUCAUCCUAUUAUGUUGUGAGUGGGAAUGAUCCUGCUGCUGAAGAACCAAGCAGGGCUGUCUUGGAUUCCCUGUUGGAAGGCAAAGCUCAGUGGGGAAGCAAUAUGCAGGUGACAUUAAUCCCAACGCAUGAUUCAGAAGUGAUGAGGGAAUGGUACCAAGAGACCCACGAGAAACAACAGGAUCUUAACAUCAUGGUUUUGGCAAGCAGUAGCACCGUUGUUAUGCAAGAUGAAUCUUUCCCUGCAUGCAAGAUUGAACUGUAAAAAAAAAAAGCAAUGCAUUUCAACUUUAAACUUUGUUUCCAGAAAUUCUUGAAUUUGAAAAUACUUUUUCUAAAAAUAUAAUCCAUCUAAUUCAGCUGCUGAACUAUAUAUACCUGCCAAAUGCUAUAUACUGUAUCAGAGUGAUGCAAGUCACUAUUUUUUUUUCCAGUCUUUGCUAAUUGCUAAGGGAAAUAACAGUAUUCCCACCAUAGGGUUCAAAUUACUGCAAAACCUGCAGAUUCAGGUUCAUCUUCAUUGAACACUAGGAAACCAUGCACUAGCAAACACUGCUGACUUAUGCCAGGUUGGGGGCCUUUGCCCUUGGAAGAAACAGAGAGAAAAAAGAUGGAGAGAGAGGAGGGGAGGGGGAAGAUAAGUUGGAUGGCGUAGAGGUGAAUAA